UUUCUCACGAAUAAUAAAGAUCAUUAUUAUAUCAUUAUUAUUUGAUCUAGAUCUACUCUGCGCAUCUAGUUCUAAAGCUAGAUUCUAGAUCUUUACAUCUAUUAUGAUGUAGACUCUAUCUAUAUAAAUUAUAAAUAUAGAUCUAGUACCGGUAAACUUAAAAAGAACAACUGGACAUUGAUUGUAUGUAAACAAACAGUUCACUGACAUACUUUGGUCUGACACAAAUAUUGACCUUUGAUAACAAGCAAUACAACCUGACCUUCUUAUUCCAUAGAAGUCAAGUAUUGCAAAGCAUGAUCAUUGCAUCAACAACAUCACUGUAUGUGUAUCACAUUUAUCAUAAUAGUAAUAGCCGUGCCAGUUACUUCAGUAAAUAAGACUUUAGGCAAAGUUUAGGAGCCGGACCAGUUGUCAGUUCAACAGUUUUCAGUUGUGUAGUGUCUCGAGCAAGUGUUUGAUCAAGAGUAGUCUGCUCACUGCUGUACAGUCGUGUAGACUAAGUCGUCUAAGUAAGUCUGUACCUACGUCAAUAUGUGGUGUACAAAAGGAAAUAAGCUAUGCUAUUCAAAGUAAGAAAGGAACCCAAUUUCAUGAUUUGUGUCAAUCACAAACAAUCACUAAUCACAAUCGGACAAUGAGUUGAAUGACAACUAUAUGGACAUGGGUAAAAAAGACCAAGAAGGCUUAGAACAAAUCGAUUUUCAAGUGAUAGCAAGCUCAAAACAAUUUCAAGAAACUACAGAGAAGGAGAGAGCAGAAUGUGUAAGUGGACAGAGCAAUGUUGAAGAGAAGUCCCUCAUGUUUUGUGAAAAUAAAGAUUUAAAAGCAGAAGACUCUGUACCUGAUGGGGGAUAUGGCUGGUUUGUAGUUUUGGGCUGCUUUCUUUCACAUGUUCUUAUUGGUGGAUUUGAAAGAAGUGAUGGAGUCUAUUACCUCAAAUAUAAAGCUUACUAUAACAAAAGUUCUCAGCUUACUGCAUGGCCCAAUGCACUGGUUUCUGCUAUUCGUUUGUUUCUUGGUCCAUUAGCUAGUGCCUUGUCCAACAUCUACAGUGUUAGACUGGCUGUCAUUGUUGGGGCUCUACUGAUGACACUUGGACAACUUUUGACUGCAUAUUCUCCAGAUUUUUUCUUUCUUUUUUUCUCACAAUCUGUUUUAGAAGGUCUUGGCAGUGGUCUUGUCUAUGCUCCAUCAAUUGUCAUUGUUGGACUCUACUUUGAUAAGCACAGAGGCCUUGCUGCUGGUCUGGGAUCUGCAGGUGUUGGUGUUGGGACAUUUUGCAUUGUACCUUUAACACAGUGGCUCUUUGACAAUUACAGGUUUCAGGAUGCUUUUCUUAUUUUAGCUGGUAUAGCAUUUAAUGGCUUAGUGGUGGGCAUGUUGUUCCGUCCUCUAAGUUUGCAUAAUAAAUGGACAAGCAAAAAAAGGUCCAGAAAAGUGGAGGAAUUUUAUGCAGAGAAACUAGAUCUUGAGUCAGACAGUAAAUUUGCUGAAAAGUUUGAGAUAGAGCCACUGAAGAAAUCAUCUUUAAACAAAACUGAAAAUUGCAGCAAACAAAAGAAACAUUGCCUGUCUUCAACAAUUGUUUUGUGUUGUCCUGUGGAGAAAGCAAAAAGUAGCACUGACAAAAGAAAACAAAUAUUUAAUUGUUCUUUGCUGCGGAACCCUUCCUUUGUACUGUUCUGUAUAAGUCUUUUACUUUUUACUGCAGCAUUCAAGGCAGCAUUUACUUUCAUUCCAGCCCUGGUGAAAUCUAGAGACAUCUCAGAAUCUGAUGCUGCUCUAGUUUUAUCUAUCGCAGGAGUCUUUGACACAGCUGGCAGAAUUGUUGCCGGGUUAGUUUUCGACUUGCCAAGGAUCAAGUUUCUCAGGCCAGUGCUUUUCAACUCAUUCAUCUUUGCAAUCGCAGGAAUAUCAUUUCUACUUCCUUCUAUGACAAGCUUUGCUUCCUUCUGUGUUGUGUGUUCCGUCUAUGGUGUAUUGACUGGGGCUUACAUAUCACAAAAGUCAGUGGUGAUUGUUGACAUUCUAGGCAUUGAAAACUUAUCUACUUCCUUUGGACUGCUGAUAUGUUUCCAGGCAGUAGGGAUGUGUGCUGGACCACCUUUGUCAGGAGCUUUCCGUGAUACAUUCGGUUCAUUUGAUGAAGCAUUUUAUCUCGGAGGUGGUUUUAUGACAGCAGCAGGCAUGUUGAUGGUCUUAAGUAAUAUUCUGCUUCGAACCAAGACAACAAAACUCUUCAAGUCAUCAACUACUGUGGUGGUUUCAGAGACAUAAAGAUAGAAGAAUAUUUAUGCUUAACAUUUUUUCUUGCCGUACAAGAUGUUAUUACUUUUUGAUGGAAAGUAUUAUUUUUACUGUAAGUGAUCAAACAGUUCUUUUAAAAUGUCUUACUUAAUAUUUAUUUAUUUGUUAGUUGCAUUAGAUAAAAAUAUGUAAAAACUUAUAAACUGUGAAAAAUCAAAUGCAGUAACAUUACUAAGUAAAGACAGCAGCUUUUGCAAUCUUGUUAUGCAGGAUUGCUCCAAACUUUGUGGGUUACUCACUGUUUCAUAGUGUUUACUCUAAAGCUGUUUGUAUUACAAUUUGGGCUAUGAAUGGACCUUAUUUUUAAUAGCUUAGCUGUAUAACGUUUAGCGCUUUGAGUUAUAAAGGGGAAGUAACCCUUGAGGGAUUAUGAGCACAACAUGGCCCUUAAUUGUGCCGAUGUGCCAAAAACCCAAAAUAUCAAAUAUCAUUUUGUUUUAUUGGUUUGUGAAUUCUGAAUGAAAGGGAUCCUCAUUAUUUUCUACUACAGUUAAAAUCCACACAUUUUGUUAUUGUGGUAUAUCCCACUCAUGUUUCUAGAGCAAGGUAUAGGCCAGGUUUAGGUCUUUUGUCUACUGAACAUUUCCAAGAUGAGGUGGUUCAGGUUUAGGCAUCCAAAUAAUGGGAAAGAAAUGUUAUUAUACUAAGGCCCACAGAAUUAUAUUGAGGAUUAACCCAACUUGUGCUUGAUACUUUCCAUUUUCAACACAUUUGUAUUCUUAAGUUUAAUUAGACUUAGAUCAUUCUUCCUCUAACUCAGCAUCUCAAAAUAGAGAGAAAGACUAGAAGUCAUUCCACUGCAGUUCAUUAAGCAACUAGUUUUAUUAAUAGUCUGAAUAUACAUAGUCUUUAGACAUAACUGAUUCAAAUCAUCUAUUCAGUAUUCAAGCAUUCUCAUUAGACAUUCACAUAAUUAAUUCAAGCAUGUGAACACUGGUCAAAUUUGACCGAUCAUUCAUUCUGGUCAGUUAGAUCUUGUUGAUGUUUUUUUUUAUCCAAGUGACUUUGUUGAUGUGAAUAAUUUUUGUUUUAACAUUUCUCAAAAUGUAUAAAGCAGAACUCAACAAAUAUGCUCAUUAGCACUAAGUGCUUUUUUUAUGUGUUGCUCAAACACUUGUACAAUUGUAUCUAGUGGUUCAAACCAUUUAUUUGAGCAACUUUUGUUUGAAGUAAAUAACUUUCAGAAUGGUGUAUAGUUUUUUAAUAGUGUCCCAUUUUUAACAAAUUUAUUGCAACAUUUAACUGGCAUUCAAUGAUAAGCUCAAGCAAUGAGAUGAAAUGUAAGAUGUAAGAUUAGAGUUUGAUUUGUUAACAUCAUGUAGGUGUUAGAAAGUUUACACGAUGUUGAUUUUGACAAUUUUUUUUUAUCAUCAUUGGCCUCCUUCAGUCAUAGAACGACUAUGGUUCAUCUCAGAGCACACUUCCUCAUGUGGCUGUGGAGCCCUAUUUUGGAGAGACACUCCCGUCCACAGAUAGCGCAGAUUAAGGUGGCUUUUGCUUCGGUGGUAGAGGAGCUGAACGUUUUUCGGAUUGUAAGAUUUUCUUCCUGGGCUGAUACCCAUGUACUUUCACUGUCCUUAGCUUUCUUGGUCACUGUCUCUCUCCAUCUGUUGCAGUUUAGAGCUAUGUCUUCCCAAUUGUCAGUAUUGAUGUUCACUGAUUUGAGGUCAAGUUUUAUUACAUCUAUGUAACGGAGAUGGGGGCGACCAGUUUUUCUUGUGCCAGUCGCGAGUUGUCCAUAGAGGAUGACUUUCGGGAUGCGCUUGUCCUCCAUCCGUCUGAAAUUAGGUUGAUCUUGUAAAGCAUAUUUUAGAUAGAUCUCAGUCUUUCAUGAGUAUAUUUCUUUAUAUUUUAGAAAAUACAUAUUUGCACUUCAAAAUACACACAUCCCGAAGGUGGGGUUGUCUGCAAAGGUUUGAUUUGUGAUAGGGCAAAGAAAUUGUGAAUACCGGUAUAUAAUAUUUACAACAGAUUUUUAUUAAAUUAAUUUUUUUUUUUUAAUUUUUACUAUCUUAACUGUGAAUAGACCUUGUUUUUAAUGACUUAACUGUAUAAAAUUUAGCUCUUGUGAUAUGAAGGGAGAAUAACCAUGGCCUAAAUUGUGCUGAUGUACCAAAAAAAAAAAAAAAAAUAUCAAAGUACACAUUUCCAGGUCUGAGAAUUCAAAUUUCUAUUUUGGCAUGUAGGCAUCUCUGCAUUUAGCCAUUCUUAGCUAAAAGAUAAAAUUCACUUUUGCAGACUUCCAUACUUUUUUUGUUAUAUGUCAUCAUUACUAUUAUUUUUAUUCAUUUUUGUUGUGAAAUUGUGAUAGAAUUUUUGUUUUGUAAUUAAUUAAUUCUGUUAUUGAAAUUUUUAAAAUCAUAGGUACAUUUUCUUUUUGUUGCACUCAUAAAUAGCUGGAAGUAUUAUUUUGACAUUAUAGACACCAUCUAAGCUUUUAGCGAGUGGAUCAAUUUAUUAUAUUCAAGGCUUUUUAUUUGAAACUUGUGUAAAGUUCACUAUAUACUUAUGAGCCAAUAGUGGGCACAAUUUUUUUAUUUCAUUGGUAUCUUAUAGACAACAUUUUUUAGUCAUGACAUUAUUGAUCAAAGUUUUCUGUUCAUUUUGCACAUUUGGUUGUGUCUAUACAAAUUUAGUUUUUCAAUAAGUUUAUGUAAAUUCUAAGACAACUUAUUAUAUUCUUGGUCUACUUUUUAACUUUUUAUAUAAAUAUACCUAUGACAUUGUAAUGAACAUAAUAUUUUUUUAGAAACACAUUCCUUUUGGACCAUAUAGUAUUUGACUGUUGUCAUAGAUUUAUCAAAGAGCGGUCAGGGAUUAGGAGGUUAAAAUACAACAUAGUCAUUGACUGACUUAUAGAACAAGACAAAAAUAUUUGUUAAAUUUGGAUUUUUAUUUUGUUACCUGAUGAAGAAAACAAAUGUGGUUUAUAUUUGUUGAUAAUUUAUCGCCUAAAUAAAUAUCUGAUUCACUUCUGUGAUAUUCAAUGUUGUUUUGAACAAUGAAGAGAAAAAUAAAAUUCUUGGAUAAAGGAA